AUGCUUCGAGUACGAGUCGAGUACGAGUACCGAGCCUUCGAGUAUGAGACGAGUACAAGUACAAGCACCAAUUUUUUAAAUACAGAUACCAUUGAACCAUUGAGGCAUUCGAAAUGUGGACAUGGAGAAACAUGGAGAGGAUCAGCUGGCAAGAGCACAAGACGAACGAAUAUGUGCUGGCGAGAGCGGGCAAUUGUUUUUUUUAUUGCGGCAGUGCAAGCAAUAGUCUCGUCUCAACCAAAUGUUUUAAAAUCGAUUGUCAUAUCAGAAUUAAAUGAUAAUCAAUAUCGAUGUAUUUUCUAUCGACAAGGUGAACAAAUUGAAAUUGAUGUUGAUCUCACAAAUGUACCAGUUGAUACGAAUUCAAAUAUUCCAUUGUAUUGUCGAUCAACAUCGGAAAAUAUCGUAUGGCCGUAUGUGUUUGAAAAAGCUUAUUCUCAAUUCUAUGGUUCAUACGACAAUUUAAUCGGUGAGGGCUUUGUUACUUGUGGUGCAAUUGAUAACACUAUUCAAGUGCCAACAAUUCGUAAUGGUUUUCGAAUCAAUCAUGCCUAUGUCAUACUAACCACGUAUAUUUUUCAAACUCAACGUUAUUUGUUGAUACAUAAUCCACAAGGUAUAAAUGAUAUUCAACAAGAAAAUAGGCUAGUAAGAAAAGCAUUUUUUACAUCAUCAUCAUCGUACUUAUUAUGGGAAAAUCAACAAGGCACACAAUUUCUAGCAUGGAAAGAUUUAUCGAAAAUAUAUAAUCGGAUACAAAUUUGUUACUGUACAGCCAAGUCGAUUUAUAACAAACCUCUGUUCGCACAAUGGACACAAUCAUCUUCAGGUGGAUGCUCUAACUUAUAUUCAUUCUAUUUGAAUCCAUUCAUAUUGAUCCCUCACGAACUAAAAGGAAAAAUGCUAACCAUCUUGAUCGGACAAAAUGAUCAACGAUGUGAACGUACAAAUCCAUUGCAAAAACUAAAUUAUCCACAACUUGGUAUCACUGUUGUCAAAUUUCAAAAACAAGAACAUCCUGAAGACGAAAGAACAUUUAUUCUACGCAAGAUCGAUAUGGAUUGA